AUGGAAAGGAGCCUGAGGAACGUGCUGGUGGUUUCCUGCGGGUUCCUCCUCCUCUUCACGGCCUACACAGGCCUGCAGAAUCUGCAGAGCAGUCUCUACAGCGAGCACGGCCUGGGGGUGGCGACACUCAGCUCGUUGUACGGCGCGGUGGUGCUCUCCUCCAUGUUUCUCCCGCCCAUCCUCAUCAAGAGUGGGGGCUGCAAGUGGACCAUCGUGGGAUCCAUGUGCUGCUAUGUGGCCUUCUCACUGGGCAACUUCCAUGCCAGCUGGUACACCCUGAUCCCUACCUCCAUUCUGCUGGGCCUGGGUGCAGCCCCACUGUGGUCGGCUCAGUGCACCUACCUCACCAUGGUGGGGCAGGCGCACGCGCGGAGAGCAGGCCGGCCCAGCCCGGAUGUGGUGAACCAGUACUUUGGCAUCUUCUUUCUCAUAGUCCAGUCUUCCGGGGUGUGGGGCAACCUGAUUUCCUCGCUGGUGUUUGGCCAGACUCCCCGUCAAGAGGCCGUCCCAGAGGAGCAGCUCAUGUCUUGUGGAGCCAAUGACUGCCUGAUGGCCACAGUGGUCACCAACAGCACCCAGCGUCCCUCCGAGCAGCUGAUCUACACACUGCUGGGCAUCUACACGGGCAGUGGAAUCUUGGCCAUCUUACUGGUGGCCCUGUUUCUUGAGCCCAUAGAAGACAGUAAGCAGAAGAGUGAUGGAGAGCCGGAGUCCAUAUCAGAGUCCUUUUCGUCCACUUUACUGUCAACCUUCAGACUGUUCAAAGAUAAGCGCCUGUGCCUCUUGAUCCUGCUGCCGCUGUACAGUGGGUUACAGCAGGGGUUCCUCUCUGGAGAGUACACGAGGUCCUAUGUCACCUGUGCUCUGGGCAUCCAGUUUGUCGGCUAUGCAAUGAUCUGCUUCUCAGGUGCCGCCUCCUUGUGCUCCCUGCUGUAUGGGAAGAUCUCCCGGUACACGGGCAGGGCUGUGCUCUACACACUGGGCGCAGCCACCCACCUUUCCUGCAUCACUGCCUUCCUGCUGUGGCGCCCGCACCUGGCCCAGAUGGCCAUCUUUUUCCUCCUCUCUGGUCUGUGGGGUGUGGCGGACGCCGUCUGGCAGACGCAGAACAAUGCUCUUUAUGGCAUUCUGUUUGAGAAGAAGAAGGAAGCCGCUUUUGCCAACUACCGCCUUGGGGAAGCCCUGGGAUUUGUCAUCGCCUUUGGGUAUAGCACGCUUCUGUGUGUCCGCAUCAAGCUCUACAUUCUCAUGGCUGUCUUGAGUCUGGCCAUGCUGGCUUAUGGGAUUGUUGAGUAUAUGGAAUCUAGGGCCUCCUGCAAGGACCUUGCUGCGGGAGGGACAGGCCAGGUGGAGGAAGAAGAAAUGCAAACAGAAAUGUGA